AUGUCGGACGAAAUGCCCCCUUCCAGCACCAACCCCAUCUCUUUCGAGCGCCGUAACAGUCUGGAGAAGGCCAUCCAGAAUCGGCCAGAAGCACAUGAGCUGAGGGAGAGGCACAUCCUCCUCAAUACCAAUGCUGCGCCAGCUCUGCAGGCUCAGCAGCAAGAGCUACAACGUCACAAACUUACCGACAGCUUGAACAAAGCCAUUGCUUCUCGUCCGGAAAAGGACGCGCUGGUCGAACGUAACAUUCUGCCUGACUCUACCGCUGCUCCGGCUUUGCAAAACCACCAGCGUGAGCUGGCUGCGGCCAUGCGUCGUGACUCUAUCGAGAAGCACCUACAGACUCGACCUUCGCCAGCUGAGUUGAUCAAGGAAGGCAUACUCGAAGCCAACGAAAAUCCCUUGGACGAGCCCUGA